GGGGAGGGAUCAGUGAGGACCGAGAGGAGGAUUUCUCCCAGUGUCGACACUUUACCUUUGUAAUUAGCAUUUUUAUUAUAGCACACACAUAUAAACAUAUUGAGAAGAUAGUUGUGGAUACCGGGAGAGCGGAAUGGAGGAGUACACGGCGUUCCUGGUGUUACUGCUGGCGACCUUGACGCUUUCAACUGAGGUCCCUGUUGAUGACUCAGUGGGUUUGCUCACUGAGCCUCAGGUGGCCAUGUUUUGUGGGAAACUCAACAUGCACAUCAACGUCCAGAGUGGCAAAUGGGAGUCCGACCCCUCAGGCACUAAGAGCUGCAUUGGUACAAAGGAGGGCAUCCUGCAGUACUGCCAAGAGGUAUACCCAGAGCUGCAAAUCACAAAUGUGGUGGAGGCCAACCAGCCUAUCAGCAUUCAGAACUGGUGCAAGAAAGGGCGCAAACAGUGCCGCAGCCACAGCCAUAUUGUGGUGCCAUACCGCUGCCUGGUUGGUGAGUUUGUGAGUGAUGCCCUGCUUGUUCCUGACAAGUGCAAGUUCCUUCAUCAGGAGCGUAUGGAUCAGUGUGAGAGCCACCUGCACUGGCACACUGUUGCCAAAGAGUCUUGUGGAGACCGUUCCAUGUACCUCAAUGACUUUGGGAUGCUGUUGCCUUGUGGCAUUGACCGUUUCCGUGGAGUGGAGUUUGUGUGUUGCCCGGCAGAGGCGGAGCCACAGACUGACAACACUGAAACUGAAGGGGAAGAGUCAGAUGUGUGGUGGGGAGGACCUGAGACUGAGUACUCUGAUAACGGUGAGACUCGUCCUGCUGAUGCUGAGCCUGCUGCAGCUGAGGAUGAUGAAGAUGAGGAUGAAGAGGCAUAUGACAGAGAUGCUAAUGGAGAUAUUAUCGAUGAAGAGGAAAACAUGGAGGAUGAGGAGGAUGUCACUGACGAUCGUUACAGCGAUGGGCACAAUAUAAAUAUUGCCAUGACAACCACAACCACCACCACCACUGAAUCAGUCGAGGAAGUUGUUAGAGCUGUUUGUUGGGCACGAGCUGACUCAGGCCCGUGUGACGACAUGCUGGACCGCUGGUACUUCGACCCUAAGAAGGGGCAGUGUGCUCCUUUCUUGUUUGGGGGCUGUGGGGGCAACAGGAAUAACUUUGGCUCUGAGGAGUACUGCCUUGCUGUCUGCAGCAGUUCGUUGCCAACGAUGGCUCCUAGCCCCCCAGAUGCCGUUGAUCGGUAUCUUGAAGCUCCCGGGGAGGACAAUGAACAUGCUGAUUUCCAGAAGGCCAAGGAAAGUCUAGAAGCCAAACACCGGGACAAAAUGUCCCAGGUGAUGAGGGAAUGGGAAGAAGCUGAGAGACAGGCUAAGAACCUUCCUCGUGCUGACAAAAAGGCUGUCAUACAGCACUUCCAGGAGAAAGUGGAGGCUCUGGAACAGGAGGCAGCUGGAGAGCGACAGCAGCUGGUGGAGACACACAUGGCUCGAGUGGAGGCUCUGCUCAACAGCCGCCGACGUCUCGCUCUUGAAAAUUACCUCAGCGCUCUGCAGGCCUCCCCUCCACGGCCACGGCAGGUGUUGAGUUUGUUAAAGAAGUACAUCCGUGCUGAGCAGAAAGACAGGCAACACACGCUGAAACAUUAUGAACAUGUCUGCACUGUUGAUCCGAAAAAAGCUGCUCAGAUUCGACCCCAGGUUCUCACCCACCUUCAUGUGAUUGACGAAAGAAUGAAUCAGUCUUUGGGCUUGCUCUACAAAGUACCUAAUGUUGCAAAUGAGAUCCAUAACCAAGUUUCUGUUUUAGUGCAUCGAAUUCAGGUGGAGCUUUCUCAGCAAGUCUCCUCCCUGCAAAGUGAUGUGCGGGUGGAUGGCAGGAUCAGUUAUGGGAAUGACGCUCUUAUGCCAGAUCAGGCUUACAGCUCUGCUCCUAUGGAUCCAGGCCUGGAUGGACUCGGCUUUAUUCAUCCUGAAAGUUUCAAUCAGCCCAACACAGAAAACCACGUGGAGCCCGUUGAUGCCCGUCCUGUUCCAGACAGAGGGUUACCCACACGACCAGUAUCUGCUCUGAAGCCAGAAGAAAUGCCUGAAGUGCGACUUGACACUGAAGAAAGAAGUGCUGGUUACGAGGUUCAUCAAAAACUGGUAUUUUUUGCAGAGGAUGUGGGAUCCAACAAGGGAGCCAUCAUUGGUUUGAUGGUUGGAGGAGUUGUUAUAGCAACCAUUAUAGUUAUCACUUUGGUGAUGCUGCGAAAGAAACAAUAUACUUCUAUCCACCACGGUGUAAUUGAGGUGGAUGCAGCAGUUACUCCAGAGGAACGUCACCUUGCCAAGAUGCAACAAAAUGGAUAUGAAAAUCCCACCUACAAAUUUUUUGAGCAAAUGCACAGCUAAAAAAAACAGUUUAUUUCAUUACAAACUCGCCAAACUUAAGGGUCUGUUCCACUCUUUCCCUUACCCCAACAGAUUCAUUGGUUGCUUGGAUAAUGUUAAAAACUACAUUGUAAUGUAUCUUCAGGUUGAACCUGUGUUUUGGGCUGUAGGAAUCAGACAUGGAACAAAGCCCUUUGAUCCCUGAAGCUUGUAAAUACAAAUCAGCAUGCAUUACUGGAUAGCAGUUAAUGAGACUCAUUUGACCUGCGCCCCUCAGCUAAUCAAAAUAGAAAUUUCAUAUUGUACUGAAAUAAAAUACACAAUACAUAUAUUUAAAUAUACCAUAUUUAAAUUAUUUAUUCAUACUAAGCUCACUGCAGGGACCAAAAUCAUAUAUCUAGCCUUGCAGGUGAGUUUCGUGCUCCCUCCUUCUGACACCUGCUUAUUGCUUGCUGAAAGCAUUGCUGUUGGGUAUUGGAUGGAGGUGCUCUGCAAGCACCUUUUAUGGGAUUAAUUCUUAAGAAUUUUUAUUUUUUUUUUCCAAAAACUAAAAACAAAACACAAAAAUAUAUGUGAACAAAGUAUGUAAAGGAUUGAAAUACUGUUUGUUUUUUAAUGAUCUUAUUGUUAAUAUAUUAAGACAGAGAUUAGCUGUAAGUAUAUGUAAUGCAUGGAAAAAUCAAUGACAGAUAAAGUAUACUUUAUGCCGUGGACCUCAGGAGUCCUUUUACUAGAUACUAUACUAUAGCAGGAUUGUACAUUUUCUGUGUCUUCUUUGUGAUAUGUGAUAUGAAGAAGAAAAGAGUAUUUAGAAUCCGUUGUCACAGAUUUGCUUUAAAUGAUUCUUGGCUCUAUUUCCAUACUUCACUAUGUUUUAGCUGCAUGGGCAGAUGCUCUUUGUGUAAUAUAUGACGUGUAAUCGUAACCGAUGAAAAUGAUUGUGUUACUCUUGCAUUCUAUGCACUCUGUUAUUUUGGAUUAUUUAUCGCCUUUGCGCUUUCCUUUAUGCCAUUUUCCUCAGAUGUGAUCAGUUGGGAGAUGAGUAAAAAAGCUUUGUGAACAUUAUGAAGAAUAUAUAUCAUUCCACUUUAGUUAUUGUUAUUAACUGAUUGUAAAUAUUUGGAUGAACUAUUACAUUACUGUUUUUGUCAUUUUGUUCAUGUAUGCUUGUCAUGCUGUCUUAAGCUGUCAGCAAUAUUGUACAGUACAUCACUCUUAGUUUUAUGCUGGUUUUCUUAUCAUACACAUUUCUGUAUUAAUUGUAGACCAUUUUUCUAAACAUGAAUGUUACAUGCAUAUUGCAUUGAAGAAAUACAACACAUAUCACCUCUACACACCUUAUCUACACGUGUAAAGGCACUAAAGUUUAUUAUGAAUUGAAUGUUGAGAUUUGUACAAAUGCUGUCAUCUGUACCCUGAAAGCUUGUUCUCCAAACCAUUUGCUCCAUGUAAUAAAAGACUUUCUACACUCAA